CACGUCAGGAGAAAAGAAGAUGGCGGAGGUUAACGGCGACUCAGAUCACCUGGCGGCAGAAGGGAGUUUUAACAACACGAUGGUGGAGGAGGGCUGCACUCUCCUGCGCAGGAUGGAGAUCUGUGUUGCUGAGGCUGAGAAAAGGAGUGGCAAAAAUGCAGUGAACAUGCAGGAGACUUUCACCAUGUACCUCAUCGAAACAAGGCCAAUGGAUGCGGUUGCUGAGGGUCAUAACCCAGCCCCCGACUCUCUUUGGAGGCGAUACAGUGAAUUUGAACUGCUGCGGAGCUACCUAGUAGUUACCUAUCCAUACAUCGUGGUACCCCCUCUGCCGGAAAAGAGGGCAGAGUUUGUGUGGCACAAGCUGUCUGCAGACAACAUGGACCCAGACUUUGUGGAGCGCCGCAGGGUCGGGCUGGAGAACUUUCUGCUUCGUGUGGCUUCUCAUCCAGUCCUCUCAAAUGACAAGGUCCUUUACCACUUCCUCACUGAGGAACAUGGCUGGAAAGAAGUGGUGUAUGAAACAGGAUUUCAGGCAAAGGUAGAUUCCAGGCUGAGAGGUCUCAGUGCCACCUUCCGGGUGAAAAAUACAGAUAAACGCUUCAUGGAUAUGAAACACUACAGCGAUGAGCUGCAGUCUCACGCAUCUCAGCUGCUCCGAGCAAGAGCAAGGGUUGCUGAUCGACUCUAUGGUGUUUUUAAGGUCCAUGGUAACUAUGGAAGAGUCUUCAGUGAGUGGAGCGCCAUAGAGAAAGAGAUGGGAGAUGGACUGCAAAGUGCCGGUCAUCAUAUGGAUACAUAUGCUGCCUCAAUAGAUGAUAUCUUAGAAGAAGAGGAACAUUAUGCAGACCAACUGAAAGAAUAUCUCUUUUAUGCUGAAGCUCUGAGGGCAGUGUGCAGGAAACAUGAGCUGACCCAGUUUGAACUUGAGAUGGCCUCCCAGGACCUCAUCUCCAAGAAGCAGCAACGUGAGGAGCUGGCUACAGGGAUAGUACGUACGUUCUCCCUCAAAGGCAUGACCAACAAGCUCUUUGGACAAGAGGCACCUGAGCAGAGGGAGGCCAGACUGAAGCUGCUGGAGGAGCUGAUAGCAGAGGGUGAAGACACAGUCAAGGAGAAGACAGUUGAGUGCGAGGAGCAUGUUGAAAGGGCAUGGGUGGACAUGCAGCGCUUCGAGGAACAGAAAGACAAAGAUCUGCGGGAAGCACUCAUCAACUACGCUGUCAUGCAAAUCAGCAUGUGCAAGAAGGGAAUACAAGCGUGGAGUAAUGCCAAAGAAUGUUUCCUCAAGAUGUAAAGUUGAAGCCAUAUUCAAAGGAUUUCCUCAGUGAUGCUCACCUGUGGAUGCUGGGAAAUGGUGUCAGUGUCCUCUGGUUGAGGUUUGAAAACAAACUCACUAAUGUAACAAAAUGUGUAUAAAGAUAAUGUAAUUUCGAGUACUUACAAAGAGGGCAUUCAUAUGCAGCUAAUUGGGCUGUCACUUUUUAUUUGAAAUUCAAACAUUCAUUCGAGCGGGGGGGUUAGUAUUCUAACUGUAAUGACCUGUUCAAAUUAAAAAUGUACAGUCUAUAUGCACAAUAGACCGUUUGAAGUAGUUUGUCUUGUGAUCCACCAGAAAACUUCCCUAUCAGGCUGACCCCUGUUGACCUAUCAAGUUAGUAAUGUUACGAUGUUUGCUACAAAAAUGGAGGACACUAGCGAGAAAAGCUGUCCUGAGUGUACGAUUACGAUACCAAAGCAUCUGAGAAGCAGUGUGUGGAAAUAUUUUUGGUUCUACACCGUAGAUGGCAAAGUAACUAACAAAGAUAGGGGUGUUUGUGGACUUUGUACAAAGCAGCUGUUUUAGUUUACAACAACAAAUCUGCUGACUUACCUGCUAGCUUACCACCCAAGUCAGGCAGUGGAGGCACCAUAGACGAGCAGAGCAACAUCAAAAUUUGAUUUUUGGAAAAAGUGACAGACCCAGCAGCUAAUUUGCAAUAGUGAUUCACUUUUGUGGAGUUAAAAAGCUUAGGGAGGUGGUGGAUCACACAAGCACAUUACUUGGACGGUGGAGACCAGGGUUCACAGGUUUAAUUUUUUCAGUAUUUAACCAAGGGCCAUUUUGUCACCAGUUUUACAUGUUAAAAAUCAGUUAACAAGUAGUGGGAUUAGUACAUUAACUUUGACAAUUUGGGAUGUGCACAUUUACCAGUGAGCGAAAGACAAUAUCAGGAUUUUUGAAUUUUCACUCAUAUAAUGGACUAAAAGUCUGAUUAUCUGAGAUGGGUGCUUUCACACCUAUGCAACCUGUUAUGUGUGAUGCAUUUGCCCAUUUAGUGAGGUCUUUUUGGGCUGGGGUGAAACCUGCCAAUCAAACCUUGGUACAGACCAAACAACCAGACCAAGGCCACCUGAAAAGGAGGGUCUCAGUCCAGUUCCAUUGUGCCCUGGUGUGAAAGCAAAACCGAGCAACAACAGGAUUUUGUGAUAGUAGAUGUGAUUUUAGCAUGAAUUUAAAGCUAGAUGACUAUUACGUUUGACCGGGACUAAAUGGCAACAGGGUGUCUAAGUUUUUAGGCUUAAAAAAGUCAGUCUCUAUUUUUUAUGAACCGUCUAACUUAUAUUUAACUAAUCUAAGAGCAAAAUUAAGACUGACUUAACAUUAAAGACCUGAUUAAAAUAUCUAUGCGAAACCGGCCCCAGAGCUGUGUUGUGUGUUUGAUCAGUUUUUCAUUAGAAAGUACAGUAUAAGGUCCAGUUGUCAUCUCAACUAUUAAUGCUCACACCAGAUGAGACACCAGAGAGUUUGUAAAUCUGAGAUCUAUGGAGCUAAUUUCUUUCUCAAAACCUAACAAACAAAAUAUGUUUUACAAAUGCCCUACAGUCACUAACAAACACAGUACGGUUUGUAAAUACAAAAAAUAAUUAAAAAACUAAUGCAUUUUGUUUUGCAAAUACAAAAUGUACCUAUCAAACAAAUGCACAACAUAUUUCUAAUACAUCAUGCUUCCAAAACAAAGACAGCGUUUUUUAGAAGUGCAAAAAAAAUCUAUGCUACAAAGACAAAAAAAUAUCACGCAACUUUUGGCACAAUUUUUCCAACGUGAUUGUGCUGAGGGUUUUCUCACAAAUGUGUAUGGAACAGUCCAGGUUAAAAUUAUUGGCAGCCUUUAAUUUUAAGUACAGAAUUUAGACCAUUUAUUUGUGCUGUUGAAUGUGCUUUGGGUCGUGCUGAGAGACCCAAGACCUUUGCCUCAAACCUGGUUUUCUUAUACUGGGUUAUACAUUUUGGUCUAAAACGCCUUGGUAAUGUUCGGAUUUCAUCACUCCUUUGAUACUUUCAAUGCCUCCGGGGCCAGAGGCAGCAAAGCAGCCCCAGAGCAUGAUAGAAUCUCCACCAUGGUUUACUGUAGGAAGGAUGUUCUUUUCCUUAUGGGCUUCAUUUUGUCACCUAUAAACAAACUAAUGCACUGCAUUCCCAAAAAGGUCUACCUUGGUAUCAUUUACCCAUAGAACAUUAUCCCAGAAAGACUGUGGUUUAUCUAUUAAAUUUUUUGCGAAGAUUAGUCUUGGCUUUUUUUCCCUUUCUUUCAAUUGUGGUGUCCUCCUUGGCCUUCGCCUAUGGAGCCGUAC